ACCCUUUUCAAAUUUUCAACAGCUGAUUAUUUUGUUUGCGGUUCUUAUCGCAUUUAAAGUUGUUUAUCCCUUGAUAAAUCCUAGUGUCUUGAACACCUUUUUGUAAUAAUUGGUUAAUUUGCCCCAAAAAUGGUAAUAAAAUUCGACUUAAUUGCUGCGGCAUGUGAAAACAUGGGUAUUGGUAAAAACAACGAUCUUCCUUGGCGCCUCAAGUCCGAAUUGGCUUUUUUUUCCCAAAUGACCACACAGACUAGUGACGAAUCUAAAAAAAAUGUUGUCCUCAUGGGGCGCAAAACUUGGGAUUCCAUUCCUCCGAAAUUUAAACCAUUGCAUCAAAGAUUCAAUUUUAUUAUGUCACGUGCGGGUGUUAAUCUUGAGGGUUAUAAAGAUUGUUUCAGUUUCAAGAGUUUGGACGAAGUUAUAAGUAAGCUUCAAGAUGAAAAGUUUCAACAACUGUAUGAAAAUGUGUGGGUAAUUGGGGGAAGUUACAUUUACGAGGCAACCAUGGCCUCCAAAUACUUCCAUCGCUUGUAUUUAACUAAAGUACUCAAAACUUUUGAUUGUGAUACUUUUUUUCCGAAAAUUCGGGACGAUUUAAUCGAAGUUAGGGACCCGAGAGUUCCUGAGGGAGUUCAGGAGGAGAAUGGGAUUCAGUUUGUGUACCACGUGUACCAAAAUCCUGACUUUAAUAAGCUUUAAGUCGUACUUACUGCCGAUAUUUUUUCAAUAAAAGAGUAAUCAAAAA